GGCUCCACCCAGCCCCAUCUCGGAAGAGCAGAACUUACGGGUGGCAAGCUUUCUGAGUCUCUGUGACCCAUCCCCGGUCUGGAAUAAGAAGCGGCGGGGGCAGGGUGACCACAUAUGCCACUUUGACCGACCGUUUGCCUGGCUUAUUCUCAUGUUCCCAGCAUAGUUAUUGGCAGCAGCAUCCACUUUGACUUUGGAAAGUUUCACCUCUAGGAUCAUGUGGUACGUCAGCACUCGGGGGAUGUCGCCACGGGUCGACUUCGAGGGGGCCCUCUUCUCUGGCUAUGCGCCAGAUGGGGGGCUCUUCAUGCCUGAGGAGGUGCCCCAGCUGGACAGGGAAACCCUGCUGGAGUGGAGCACCUUCUCCUACCCCCGCCUGGUGAAGGAGCUGAGCGCGCUCUUCAUCGGCCCCAUGCUCAUUCCGAGGGAUGACUUAAACGGUCUGAUUGAUCGAGCCUUCAGCAGAUUCCGGCACAGAGAGGUGGUCCAUCUGGCCAGGCUGAAGGAUGGGCUGAACGUGCUGGAGCUGUGGCAUGGCGUGACGUAUGCAUUUAAGGACCUGUCCCUCAGCUGCACGGCUCAGUUCCUGCAGUACUUCCUGGAGAAGAGGAAGAAGCACAUCACUGUGGUUGUAGGCACUUCUGGGGACACAGGGAGUGCAGCCAUUGAGAGUGUGCAGGGGGCAAAGAAUGUGGACAUCAUUGUAUUGCUGCCCAAGGGCCACUGCACGAAGAUUCAGGAGCUCCAGAUGACCACAGUGCUGACGGAGAACGUCCAUGUAUUCGGAGUGGAGGGAAACAGUGAUGAGCUGGACGAGCCCAUCAAGGCUGUGUUUGCUGAUGUGCCUUUUGUCAAGAAGUACAACCUGAUGAGUCUGAAUUCCAUCAACUGGUCCCGCAUCCUGGUGCAAAUGGCCCACUUUUUCUUUGCUUACUUCCGGUGUGCGCCAUCCUUACAUACUCAGCCCCUGCCGCUUGUGGAGGUGGUUGUGCCAACAGGGGCUGCUGGUAACCUUGCAGCUGGGUGUAUUGCUCAGAAGAUGGGCCUACCUGUCCACCUAGUUGCGGCCGUGAAUGGCAAUGACAUCAUCCACAGGACAGUCCAGGAGGGAGACUUCUCUCUGUCCAAGGAUGUCAAACCAACCUUGGCAUCAGCUAUGGACAUUCAGGUACCCUACAACAUGGAGCGGAUCUUCUGGCUACUGUCCAACUCUGAUAGCCAGAUGACCAGAACCCUCAUGGAGCAGUUUAAAAGAACCCACAGCCUGAGUCUACCCAAGGAGCUUCAUGGCAAGCUUUCAGCUGCAGUCAGAUCUGUGUCCGUGUUGGAUGAGACCAUCCUCCAGACGAUGGGGCGCUGCUGGGAGGAGAACAGGUACCUCCUGUGCCCUCACACGGCGGUGGCUGUGAGCUUCCACUACCAACAGAUGGACAGGAGUCAGCCCAGUGGCCCCCGGUGCUGCCUGGCCCCCGCCUGGGCCGCCAAGUUCCCAGAAGCCGUCCUGGCGGCGGGCCUGACCCCGGAGACCCACGCGGAGAUCCAGGCCCUGGAGAACCGGGAGACGCGCUGCACCCCGAUGCGGAGGGGAGACGACUGGACGCGCAUACUCCGCGGCGCCAUCCAGGGCCUCAGCGGCCGCCGGGGGUCACCUUCCUGAGGGGUGGGCUUCCUCGGGGCGCCGGCCGCUCCUCGCUUUCUGCUCCCCUGGUCAAGAGUGGGCGUGCCAAACUGUCAAAGAUGUGUUCUAAUGAAUCAGAGAACAUGCAAUAAUGUGAAAAUUUUUAUUUUAUGUGUUCACUUUAGCUCAGGAUAAAGACACUCCUGAUAAUAAAA